AACUUCCUGCUGUAAUGUGAGGAACGCCAUACAGACAAGUUAAUGUUCAUUUGAGGUCAAGUACACUGUAAGGAUUUUGACAAAGCUCUGCUAAUUUCUGAGUCUGAAUGGGAAGAAAUGUGGAACACUUUCUUAAUCCCCGAGGAAUUAAAGAAGCAUGUAUUCGGGGGCUCAAACAAUCGGCCUGGCGAGUGUGGCUCCUGAUAAACAGACGAAAUGAGUUGAUUGCACGGUAUAUCAAACUUCGUACGGGGAAGACGAGAACCAGGAAGCAGGUUUCUAGUCACAUCCAGGUUUUAGCCCGACGGAAGGCCCGAGAGAUCCAGGUGAAGCUGAAGGUACGCUACGACCAGGCUGCAAAAGACAAGGCCCUGCAGAGUAUGGCCACCAUGUCCUCAGCUCAGAUCAUCUCACCCACAGCUUUCCAGAGCAAGAUGGCUCUUCAGGGCCUGUCUAGGCCAGCUUAUCCCACUACUGGUGGGUUUUGGCACGGGGCACUUCCGGGACAACCAGGAGGUCAUGAAGACAUUAAGCCCUUCUCCCAGCAGAGUUACACCAUGCAAGCGUCCGGACUGGCCCCCAUAACAGGUUAUGAAAGCACAGCAGGGCUGUCCAUGUCCCCCGGUGCCCCUCCUUGGCAGGGCAGAAGUAUUGCUAGCUCUAAGCUACGAAUGCUGGAGUUCUCUGCCUUCCUGGAGCAGCCUCAGGACCCAGAGACUUUCAACAAGCACCUGUUUGUGCAUAUUGGCCAGUCCAACCCCACAUACAGUGACCCUUAUCUGGAGUCAGUCGACAUCAGGCAGAUCUACGACAAGUUUCCAGAGAAGAAAGGCGGCUUGAAGGAGCUGUUCGAAAAAGGGCAACACAACGCCUUCUUUCUUGUCAAGUUUUGGGCGGAUCUUAGCGUAAACCUGCAGGACGACAGCAGCUUCUUCUACGGCGUUUCCAGCCAGUAUGAGAGUUCUGAGAACAUGAUUAUCACCUCGUCCACCAAAGUCUGCUCCUUUGGCAAGCAGGUGGUGGAGAAAGUGGAGACGGAGUAUGCACGUUUCGAGAAUGGUCGCUAUGUGUUUCGGAUCCAUCGUUCGCCACUAUGUGAAUACAUGAUCAACUUCAUUCACAAGCUUAAACACCUGCCAGAGAAGUACAUGAUGAACAGUGUACUGGAGAACUUCACUAUUCUACAGGUAGUGACAAACAGGGACACACUGGAGACCCUGCUGUGCGUCGCCUACGUCUUUGAAGUGUCCACUAGUGAGCAUGGCGCACAGCAUCAUAUCUACAGGCUAGUGAAAGACUGACGCGGUCACACAGUUGGACCCUACCUGCCAUAGACCCACUGUAGUGCCUCAGUGAGCAACAACACUCAACAAUGGACUACUUCCUCCGUGAGCUUAGAGCUGAAACCUUACAAGUCAGUCAGGAGCCCAGAGAAACUCUGGCUUUGUCACAAGCCCAGAAACACAACUACUGCUGAGAGAGAGCGAGAGAGGGGGAGAGGGGGAGAGGGGGAUUUGAGACUGUGGAAGCUGAAACAAGCUUUGUGUGAUAAGCGGACGAGGAAAGAAACAGAAGAGGUCGACGAUACACUGUGGACCCUACACCGAAGGAGCCAAACCUGGCCAACAAAACCUGCAUGAGAGCGUUGUCAUUGGUGGUGUUGUCAUCUCAUUUUUAUUAGUGCUUGUUUUUGAAUUAGAUUCUUUUAUUGCACAUGCAUGUGCAGAUGUUUGCAACACAGGAGUUUGGCUGCCUCAGGCUGCCACCUAGUGACUUAAAUAAGAAUGGUAUUAGGGGGAAAAACAAAAGUAAUUGAAGUAAUUGAGAAUUCCUCCUUUGCACACCCAUAAAAUAUGACUGUUUUUGAUGUCAAUCAUUUGAUAUUUGAGUAAUUAUGUACAGUGCCAUUUCCGUCUCCUCUAAACUCCUCUGAGCUAUGACAAUAAGAGGCUAAAAAAAAGAUUUAAAAGAGCUAUUGUAGUCACUUUGAUGUUUAAUGUUAUUUGUUUAUUUGUGUCUAGUGUUGUCUUACUGUUUUUGGUCAAAAACCUACCUGGCUUUAACAAAAGGCACAUAAUAACUCUGCUAACUUGAACCAGAUUUGGAUCUGAAGUUGUCUUUGACUGUAACUUGCCCUGAAGUGUCGGAUGAAAAUACAAGUAUUUCUUACGUAACUCCUCUGCUGAGUUUUGAAUUCUCUGAAAACUGCUUUGGUGUUAAACUUAAAAUUAUUCUAUAUUCAUGUUUGUUUUUUUAUUUAUUUUAUUUUAUACAACAAGCCUUCACAUUUUGUCAUACAUUACUAUAUUUAGAUUAUUCUCAAGUUAUAUCACUGAGGUUAUACAUCAACUUUUUUAAAUGUAUAUCUGCACUUUUCAACAUGGUUUUAUUACAUAUACAUGGUCAGUCGCUGAGGUAUAAGAUAUAAUGUCUAAAAAGACACACAUCUAUAUUUGGUGUAUGUUGUCAGCAAAUAAAAUAUUUAUCACGGUGGUGAAGAUGGAG